AUAUACCAAUCAUUCAUUCUGCCGUGGUGGCGUCAAAUAUUAUGGACGGCGCUGUUUGGUGGCAUGGUGGUGGUCGCCACUGUGGGGAACUUAGUAGUGAUAUGGAUCGUUCUCGCCAACAAACGCAUGAGGAGCGUCACUAACUACUUCUUAGUCAAUCUAUCGGUCGCGGACGCUAUGGUGUCAACUUUGAAUGUCACGUUCAAUUUCACUUAUAUGCUGUACUCCGAUUGGCCAUUCGGUCAUUUCUAUUGCAAAUUCAAUCAGUUCAUUGCGGUAGUCAGCAUAUCCGCUUCUGUAUUCACCUUGAUGGCAAUAAGCAUAGAUCGGUACGUGGCCAUUAUGAGUCCACUCCGCCCGCGACUUGGGAAGCGCGCAACUUUGGGAAUAGCAGCAGCUAUUUGGGCAGGCAGUUCCAUAAUAAGUAGUCCAAACAUUGCGUACUUCACAACUGACGUGGAUAUAUUGCCAGACGGUAGUACGAGACGCGUGUGCUUUCCAGAGUGGCCUGACGGAAUUACAACAAGAUCGCAACUUGAAUAUGUAUACAACGUAGCGUUCAUGGUGUUGACAUACUUUCUUCCAAUCAUAUCGAUGACUUACACUUACGCACGAGUAGGUGUAGAGCUUUGGGGAUCACAGUCAAUUGGAGAAUGUACACAGCGACAACUAGACAAUGUUAAAAGCAAGCGAAGGGUGGUAAAAAUGAUGAUAGUGGUUGUGGUAAUAUUCGCUGUGUGUUGGCUGCCGUUUCACGUUUACUUCGUUGUGACUUCAUACUACCCCGAGGUGGUCAACUACUCUCAUAUUCAAGAGAUAUAUCUUGGCAUUUAUUGGCUGGCCAUGAGCAAUUCCAUGUACAACCCCAUCAUAUACUGCUGGAUGAAUUCUAAGUUCAGGCGGGGCUUUAAACAGUUUUUCUGGUGUUGUGGGGCUUUCGGAAAUGGUGGCCUGAAUAGACACAGGGCUUUUGGACCGGACCAUAUGGACAGAUCACUCCGUUCACUGUCGCCAAGCCGGAAGAAUGGAACAAGUACCAUCCGUAUCUCAAUGCACAGCACGUACAACAAUACGUUGCGUGGACAGGACAUGGAUUUGACGGAAGACCAGCGCCCCGCGCACCCAGCCCACCCCGCA